GACGGCGAGGACAACAACAGGCACACUCCCGCGCUACAUUCGGACCACUUCUUCCACGUCUGGGCUUUUUAUUUCCCUUUUCCCUCCUUUUUGCCUGCGAGGAACAACAACAACACACUCUCUCUCUCUCUCUCUCUCUCUCUCUGCUCCAUCCUGCAAAGAUGCUGCUGCUCCUCCUGGCCAUCGUCCUCCUCCACAUCAUCGCUCUGGUCCUCCUCUUCGUCUCCACCAUAGUCAGCGUGUGGACCUCGGGUGACAGCGGGACCUCGGACCUGUGGUCCAACUGCACCACCAUCAAUGGAGGCUACCGCUGCGACCCCGCCUCCAGCGGAGAGUGGAUCCAGGCGGUGCAGGCCCUCAUGAUCCUGUCCAUCAUCUUCAGCUGCCUGUCGCUCUUCCUCUUCUUCUGCCAGCUCUUCACUCUGCAGAAGGGCGGACGCUUCUUCGUCACCGGAACCUUCCAGAUCCUCGCCAGCUUGUUCGUGAUGAGCGGCGCCAUCAUCUACACGGUGAUGAGUCCGGACUGGGUGCCCGAGAAGGACGUCUUCGGCUACUCCUACAUCCUGGCGUGGGUGGCCUUCCCCCUGGCGCUGAUCAGCGGGCUCAUCUACGUCAUCCUGAGGAAGCGAGAAUGAGCCGCCCGCGCCUGAACCCUGGCCCCGCCCCCCCCCCCCCCCCCGCCACGGUGACCACUCGCCAACGCCCAAAGCAACCAUCACUGUCUGAAGAUGUAUAUAGUAUCUAUGGUUUAAAACCUAUUUAUAAUGUAACACUUUUACAUACGUGUACAUAGUUUUUGUGUUGCUUCCGUCACGUCAGCUUCAUUAAGUGCCUCAGCGUUUGUUCGUAACAUCAUUACAACUUUUUUUCCCCGUUUUUUUGCCAAAGGGAUUAACCGAAAUUAACCAAAAAAAGUGCAUGUUACAUAAAAAAAAAAAAAAAAAAAAAGAAGUUUGCGUUAUUAAACAGAAGAGUGUUAACAUCCGCGUGUAGCUAGCAUAGCAUUGUUCCGUUUCUUUUUACUCUCCGUCGUCUAUUUUUUUUCUAUUUCUUCUUUUCAACAAACAAACAAAAAAAAAAGAUGGUGCUACGAUAUUCUAAAAAUAUGUAUCAUUCCUCUUCAUGACUACCAAGGUUAAAGCUACGCUACGUUGGGUGUGUUCAUGACAGCUAGCAUUAGAAUGAUUAAUUACGACGCGUAACCCGCUUGGCAGCUUCCGUCUCGUUCUUUUUUCUUUUUUUUUUCCACUUUGUGACCGCCGAAGAGUACGCCAAACAUCUGCCUACUUGAACUUUGACCUGCUGCAGCCUGCGCCCCCUCAUACGUGUGUGCCGUCGGCGCUCCCCUGAACGGCAUUAAACUAUUAGCUUUAGACGUAUUUCUCGGACAAAAAGAAUAAAAAAGGGACUGACGUAUUUACUUGAUGCAUGCGGGAUUAAAAAAAUUACACACACACACACACACACACACACACACACACACACAUGCACACACACAUGCACACACGCACACUAGCAGGGCUAUGAGGUGAAAAUAAAAACUAAUUUCCAA